CUAAUAGAAAAAUCCUUGUGAGAAAUGUCUUUCUUUGUUCACCCCAAUAACUCCAAGUUGUUCGGAAACCUUAAUAAGAGAAAUUUCUUCUUCUACACCUCAAUUCUUCAAAUACUUUUCUUUUAAAACAAAAAUAAAAGUAAAACCAUACAUGAGUAUAAUGGAUAGAAUUAAGAAAAAUUCAAAGCAUUCGGUUCACUCAAACGCCACAGCAACAAAGAAAUGAACAAGAUAGAGUUGGUUUUCAUCGCAUGGCCAGACAUCGGCCACCUCUCCGCCGCCCUCCAUCUCGCCCACCUCCUCCUCCGCCGCAACCACCACCUCUCCAUCACCGUCCUCAUCAUCCCGCCGCCAUGGGAAACCAUUACAACCACUCAACUCCAAUCCCUCCUUCCCUCUUCCACCGCCGAUCCAAUUCCGAUCCCAAUCAUCAUCCUCCCCCAAAUCCCUCUUCCCCAAAACGCCGAAUUCAUCUCUCUAAUCAAAACCACAAUCGAAACCCAAAAACAAAAUGUCAUAGACACCGUCGCCAAGCUUAUUUCCAACUCCACAGUCCUCGCCGGCUUCAUCCUCGAUAUUUUCUGUACCGACAUGAUCGAUGUAGCCAACCAACUGGGGGUUCCCACUUAUCUCUUCUCCACUUCCAGCGCUGCAAAUCUCUCUCUCACCCUCCAUCUUCAACACCUUUACGAUCAUCCACAAAAUGAAGAAACCCAUCAAUCCCUAAACCCAAAUGUCGAAAUCCCCAUCCCGGGCUUCGCUAACCCAAUUCCGGGGAAAGCAAUUCCCAGCGCCUAUUUCGACGAAAAUGCUAAAUGGAUACACGAAAGCACAAGGAGAUUCAGAGAAAGCAACGGCAUCUUGAUCAACACUUUCUCUGAACUGGAAUCAAAUGUUCUGGAAGCGUUUUCCGAAGCUUCGAUCUCCUCCCACCUUCCGCCUGUGUAUGCGGUAGGGCCGAUUCUGAAUCUGAACAAGAACAGCUCCGGGGAAGGUUUUGAGAUCCUGAAAUGGCUAGAUCGACAGCCAUUUCAAUCGGUGGUUUUCCUCUGCUUUGGAAGCAGGGGAAGCUUCAAUCAAGAUCAAGUGAACGAAAUUGCAGAGGCUUUGGAGCGAAGUGGGUACCAAUUUGUAUGGUCGCUACGGCAGCCAUCGUCGGAAGGGGAAUUUCAGAACCCAGAUUACGUCAAAGAAGUUGUUCCAGAGGGGUUUCUGGAUCGGACGGCGGAGAUUGGGAGAGUGAUUGGGUGGGCGCCGCAGGUGGAGAUUCUAGGGCAUCCGGCGACGGGAGGCUUUGUAUCGCACUGCGGAUGGAAUUCAAUUCUGGAGAGCCUCUGGUUUGGAGUGCCGAUUGGGACAUGGGCGAUGUAUGCAGAGCAGGGGUUGAAUGCGGCGGAGAUGGAAGUGGAGUUGGGAUUGGCGGUGGGGAUCUCGUCGUCGGAGUCCGGAGUAGUGAAGGCGGAGAAGAUCGAGAGUGGGAUUAAAGAACUGAUGGGCGGCGAUGGGGAGAUUAGGAAAAUGGUGAAGAUGAAGAGUGAAGAGAGUAGAAAAACUGUAAUGGAGAAUGGCUCUUCUUUCAUUGCUCUGAAUCGUUUCAUCGAGAAGUUUCAAAGAGCUGUGAAGUCUGAAGAGUUAUGAACGCCUAGGACCACAGUGUAAAGAGUCGAUAAGUCGUUGCAGGAAUCAUUCGUAUGCGUUGAUCCCAAAACAUCAUAAAGUUGAUCGCAUGCGUUGACCUUAUUGAAGACAAGUUGGUCACAUGAAAUGCCGCAACUACAAUGAUAAUCACGGAUAGUGGAUCUCGUGACUAAAGAGUUUAGUCUAUUAUUCACGUACCAUUGGUAGCUCAAUGGAUUCAGUUGAGUGUCAGUUCUUGGUGUUG